AUGGAAUACAACAUCGUCAAACAGUCCAACGUAGCCCACUGUGUUGUCAAACAGUCCAACAUGGCCCAAUGCAUCCUCAAACAGUCCAACAUGGCCCACUGCACCAUCAAACAGUCCAACAUAGCCUACUGCAUUGUCAAACAGUGCAACAUGGCCCACUGCAUCAUCAAACAGUGCAACAUGGCCCACUGCAUCAUCAAACAGUCCAACAUGGCCCACUGCACCAUCAAACAGUGCAACAUGGCCCAUUGCAUCAUAAAACAGUCCAACAUGGCCAACUGCAUCAUCAAACAGUGCAAUAUGGCCCACUGCAUCAUUAAACAGACCAACAUGGCCAACUGCAUCAUCAAACAGUCCAACAUGGCCCACUGCAUUAUCAAACAGUCCAUCAUGGCCCACUGCAUCCUCAAACAGUCCAACAUGGCCCACUGCACCAUCGAGCAGUCCAACAUAGCCCACUGCACCAUCGAACAGUGCAACAUGGCCCACUGCAACAUCAAACAGUGCAAUAUGGCUCAAUGCAUCAUCAAACAGACCGACAUGGCCCACUGCAUCAUCAAACAGACCAACAUGGCCAACUGCAUCAGCAAACAGUGCAAUAUGACCCACUGCAUCAUCAAACAGACCAACAUGGCCCACUGCACCAUCAAACAGUGCAAUAUGGCCAACUGCAUCAUCAAACAGUCCAACAUGGCCAACUGCAUCAUCAAACAGUGCAAUAUGGCCCACUGCAUCAUUAAACAGACCAACAUGGCCCACUGCAUCAUUAAACAGACCAACAUGGCCAACUGCAUCAUCAAACAAUGCAACAUGGCCCACUGCAUUGUCAAACAGUACAACAUCGCCCACUGCAUCGUCAAAUAA